GCCCCAAAGCCCCAGACCCAAAGGUCAUACACCCCAUGGGAAACAGGAUCCAUCCACCUACACGCUUUCUCUCCCUCUCUCUCUUUCUCUCAGAAAAACGAGUGAUAGAAAAUUAAAUCGUCUCAUGUGAUCAUUUUGUGGCCAAAUUAUACUCUGAAAAAAGCCCUUGAAUUUGUCAAAUGAAGCUUCCUUCUCUCUCUUCUCUCGUGCCUUUGAAAAUGAAAUGUAUUUUUUUUUUCAACUAAGCCUUUUGAUUUUCUCCGAUCCAGCAAGAAAGUUUUGCAAUUUAUGUGAGGAAAAGAAAAAGGCUUUAAAUGCGAGUUGGUGUAUGGGUUUCUUUUCAUCUUCUCUUAACGACUAAGCUUACCUUAUUUAGCUUUUAUAUACCUUUGUUCUGCUCAACCCCAUUUCUAGAUCAGAAAAAACACACCACCCCUCUCCACCCACUGCGUUGAUUAACAGUAUCUCACCCCAAACAUGGAGUUCUAUGCAUACCCAUCUCAUUCUUAUUCUUGGCCUUCUUUUUCCUUUGCCAAUUUGGUGGGUAGGGUCAGAGAUUUUUUCAGCUUUGCUUUUUCUGCGAUUCUUGGAAACGUUUUCUCUGCGAUCUUCACUUUCUUCUUCGCAUUGGUGGGUACCAUGUUGGGAGCCAUGACUGGAGCUUUGAUAGGCCAAGAGACAGAGAGCGGGUUUGUUAGAGGGGCUGCUGUUGGAGCAAUAUCAGGAGCUGUUUUCUCUAUUGAGGUCUUUGAAUCUUCUCUUGUUCUCUGGCAAUCUGAUGAGUCAGGGAUUGGAUGUCUGCUCUACCUGAUUGAUGUUAUUGUAAGCCUGCUAAGUGGUAGACUUGUUCGUGAGAGGAUCGGUCCUGCCAUGCUAAGUGCAGUGCAAAGUCAGAUGGGUGCUGUUGAAGUUAGCUAUGAUGAGGUUCCCAACAUCUUUGACACUGGUGGGGCCAAGGGUUUGCCUGGAGAUUCAGUGGAAAAGAUCCCAAAGAUCACAAUCACCAGUGAUAAUAAUGGGGAUGCUUCUGGAGAGAAGGUCUCUUGCUCAGUGUGCCUUCAGGACUUUCAGCUUGGAGAGACAGUCCGAAGUUUGCCCCAUUGUCACCAUAUGUUUCACCUGCCAUGCAUUGAUAAGUGGCUCCUUGGACACGGUUCUUGCCCUCUAUGCAGAAGGGAUCUGUAAUUUAUUUUCUGCAAAUUACAACACGAGAAGAGUUCUUUGAUUCUUCAUCAGUAUUAACUUUUUUUCCUUAGGAUUUUUCUCUUUUGUUCAUUUAAACUCCGUCUAUACCAUUUCUCUAGUAGGUCAGGUAUGUAAUAUGACGAGUUUGUUCAUUGUACUUGAUUAGCGAUAUGUACAAAAAUUUUGAGUUAUAAUAGCUUUCGUUGCUUAUUCUGAAA